GCUCACAUAUGGGUUGGAUUACAAAGGAAAUGUGUGUGGGGAUAAACAUGCCAACCCAGAUCUUCGGGAAUUGGAGAUUAGAUAUUGGGUGAACCCUAACCAAGUUUAUGAAAGUGGCCUUAAGGGCAGUCGGUUUACACUUGGCGAUGCUAGAAGCAUAUGCUUAAUGGAAUGCCCUAUUCCAUCCGAAGAUGGUCUCAAUUGGGUCUGUGAUUAUCCAGAUGGAGAUAUUCACAUCUCAGUUGAUGAUUGGAUUGAUAGAGACUAUGAUUAUUAUGAGUUCCUGACACCUGAGAUGAGGAAUAGCUCUCUUCAGCUCCAAGGGCCCUGCUACCCAGUUAUCUUUCCAAGCGUAAAUGUUUAUUGGAGUUGCCAAUUCAUAGCACGUGCAUCCAAUGCAUCUAUGCGACAUUGGCAACAGAUGGGUGGAGUCAACAUAAAUGAAAACAUAUUAAUCGAUAAGACAAUCCACAGGGCAAUAAACUCCCAGUCAUCUGUCCUGAAGAGAUAUGUUGCAGACAUUGGGAAGGCUUGGCCAGUGUUGAUAGUUUGUGGAGGGAUUGUACCACUAUUUUUAUCUUUGAUCUGGCUAUUAAUGGUUCGUCAUUUUGUUUCUGGAAUGACCUGGAUAACUGUGAUUCUCUUCAAUGUUUUGAUAAUAUCCAUCACAAUGUUUUAUUAUGCAAAAGCUGGUUGGAUUGGCCAUGAUGUUGUAUCAGUUGUCAUUGGUGAAAGUGAUCCUUACUUCAGCUUUAGUGGAAGGGAAAUUAGUCAUCUCCGUGCUAUGGCUGUUCUUAUGACAAUUGUAAUGAUUAUUUCCAUCCUUUCUUCAAUAGCCAUUGUACGUCGCAUCCUUAUGGCAACAUCUGUUCUGAAGGUUGCUGCAAAGGUGAUUGGCGAGGUUCAGGCCCUUAUAAUUUUUCCAGUUUUCCCAUAUACAAUUCUUGCAAUCUUCUAUAUGUUCUGGUUUUCUGCUGCAAUGCAUCUUUUCAGUUCUGGCCAGAUCAUCAAGAAUGAUUGCAAUGCUAAUUGCUGUUCCUAUGAUCUCAAGUCCAAUCGAGUUUCUUGUGAUGAUUGUUGUGGCUAUAGUAUCCACUAUACUUCUCAUAUUGCAGCUGCCAUCCUGUUUCACCUAUUUGGGUGUUUUUGGGCUACACAAUUUAUCAUUGCAUGCUCAGCGACAGUCAUUGCAGGAUCAGUUGCUUCUUACUACUGGGCUCAUGGUGAAAUAUCGCAAGAGGUUCCAUUUCUUCCUGUUUUUGCUUCUAUGCAACGUCUCAUGCGAUACAACCUUGGCUCGGUUGCACUUGGUUCUUUGGUGGUGUCUAUUGUAGAGUCAAUACGAUUUAUACUUGAGUCACUUCGCCGCAGAUUGAAGCUUGUGAAUACUAUUCCUGUAAGCAGGAUAGAGAAAAUGGCUUCAUUUUCUUCAAAUUGCUUUCUUGGAUGUAUUGAUUGGACCUUGAGGUCUGUUAACAGGAGUGCAUACAUCAUGAUUGCUAUUACUGGUAAAGGAUUCUGCAAAGCCUCUUCUAUUGCAACAGGUCUAAUAAUGAAUAACAUAUUGCGCAUAGGCAAAGUGAAUGUCAUUGGUGAUAUUAUCCUCUUUCUUGGAAAGUUAUGUGUUAGCCUCUUCUGUGCCUUGUUUGCGUUCCUCAUGUUGGACACAUACAAAUAUAAAUCUGCCCAUAAUAGGAUAUCUUCUCCUUUGUUCCCUGUUCUGGUAUGUUGGGGACUGGGCUACAUUGUUGCAACCCUUUUCUUUUCAGUUGUUGAGAUGUCCAUCGACACAAUCAUCCUUUCCUUCUGCCAAGAUGCUGAUGAGCACCAAGGGAAUGCUCAAUAUGCCCCUCCCUUGCUCAUGGAAACUCUUGAUGGCCAAGGGGAGAUGCAGAGACUAACCCAGGGGUCUUGAUGGUCUUUUCAUUUAAGAUUUCAUUUGGAACGCUUUCUUACUGCUUCUUAAAACAGCUUUUUAUAUA